AUGAGACUCAGCAGGAGGCAAAGAGCACGAUUCGAAUAAGGCGUCCAACUUAUUUCUCACGUAGCUUUGAAGGCGGGACCAGCACACACCUCUUCCCAUCCUCUGGGUGCCGCACAUAUCGUCUUUCAAGAUGUUUCGUUCUGUAAGAGACUACAUAUUGUGUAUCUGCGGACUGGGCCCCUACUUUGAAAAAAGCUUGUUUUUUUCUCUAGCAACCAAUUGGUAUGUGAAUUUGGUAUUCGAGUAGUUCCGAUUGGGGAUUUCACAUCACUUUACCUACCACAUCACGAUCCGUUCAAAUCAAGCUCAAUUCGCUGCGGACGACACACCAAAAUCAAUUCAAAUCAUCAUUCUCUUCCACAUCCACAAGAUGUAAGCUUUUCAGUUCCCCUGCAACGAGAACUUACUAACGCUAAUACAGCAUCUUCUCUCCAUCCAAUGAUCAGCAUCCAAUUCUCUCCAUCAAUUCUCUCCAUCCAAUGCUCGCCAUCCAAUUCUCUCCCAUCAUGAAACAAACAAGGGGUAAGCUUCCCAGUUCCCUUACACUCACAAGUUGCUGACGUUUAAUACAGCAUUUUCUCUCUAUCCAAAUCUCAUAAGAGUAAAUAAGUCCACGUCAGAUCAUAGUUUCUCAACUCCACAAACUCCAAUCAGCAAACAAACAAAUAUCAAACCAGUGGCGAAAUGGAUACUUUCGACCACAAGAGGUAAGCUACUCUCAAUCACUCAAUGUUCUCGACUUUACUAACACGCAACAAAGCACUCAAGUACAUUUCUCAAACAAACAAACAUCAAUUCGACCGCAAAACAAGUACCUGCGAGCAUGCUGUUGGUAGAAGCAACCCCAUUCAUCUUCAAGAGAUAAUUUGGUCUUAAUCAUCGCGUUCGUUCAUGACUUUACUAACACAUGCAAAGCACUCUAGCUUUCAUCACCCAAAAAACAAAACAUCGAAUGCAUGGGGCAACAUAAUCUACAUCAGUGGGCGUGGUGUGUGGUUUGCAGGCAAGGAUACACAAAGAUCGCGGUGGAGAUCGAUGGGACUUGGUGGACUUGGUGGUAUCAGAGCUACAAUCACAAUGGGAUACAUCACGGCAUGCUUGUUCUCUU